UAAGCUGUAGCUUCUCUAGAAGUGGCACUCGGCUCACAUGAAAGCGAUCACGCUUCCGCUGCUUUCGAUAGCAGUAUCAGGACUCCAACCUGGUAAGUCGAAUCCUCUUCCUUCUCUUCUACACUGUUUUGGCGGUGAUGAGUGGAGGCGCCUCGAUAGUCCGCUUUCGGCUCGAACAUUGCUGACAGGCUCUAGGCAGAAAAGAUCGCCGCACUUUCCUGGAUUCCUUCAGGUCGACACCAGAUUCAGUAGGUCAGCAUCCCUUCUCUUUCCCGAUCUUGUUGGCGAUGAUGAACAAAAUUGACCAAUCGUACGAGAAAGCCUGGGCUUCGGUCUGCGGUUUCGAUGUGCGAGCAUGAACAGCUCUAAGCCACCUCUUUCAUCGUCCACUUUCGCCUUUCGCUUCUUCGAAAAGCUUCGCUGACAUAUCGAGAACCAGCUUCUUCGCGUUCAUCUCGGUCGUUCGACGACCACAGUACGUCUCCUCACAAUCCCC